CUGGGACUAAAAUCAGGUCCACAUCGCUCCUUCCCCACUUUCAGAUCUGCUCCUCGCCGAUCUGGGCCAUCCUGUCACCGUCUUCUUCCUCCCCGGCCGAUGCCUCCCAAACCAUAGCCCCCGCAAAACCCUAGAUCCCGGUCCCCGUCGACGCCGCCGCCGCCACCGCCAUGGAUCCCUCCGGAUCCAGCUCCCGCCACGGCCGCCUCCUCAUCUCCCCGUCGGUGUCAACCCCGACCUUCUCCUCCACCCGCGCCCCGUCCUCAUCCCCCUCGCCGCACCACGACCGCCGCAACUCCACCUCCUCCCCCAAGCCCCUCCUCCCCUUCCCGCCCCCCACCUCCAGGCCACACUCGUCCGGCUCGUCCGCCGGGCCCCGCGCCGCCGCGUCCGCCUCGCUCCCGGGCUUCGCGCACAACGCGCGCAUCGCGGUGGCGCUCGCGCCCGCCGCGGCCUUCCUCCUCGACCUCGGCGGGGCCCCCGUCCUCGCCGUCCUCGCCGUCGGGCUCGCCGUCGCGUACGCCCUCGACGCGCUGCGGCUCCGGCAGGGCGCCUUCUUCACGGUGUGGGCGGCGCUGCUCGCCGCCGACGUGGCCUUCUUCUUCUCGGCGUCCCUCUCGUCCGCCGCCGCCGCCUCGCUGCCCCUCACCGUCCUCGCGCUGCUCCUCUGCGCGGAGACCUCCUUCCUCAUAGGCGUCUGGGCGUCGCUCCAGUUCCGCUGGAUCCAGCUUGAGAACCCUACCAUCGUUGCGGCGCUCGAGCGGCUCCUCUUUGCGUGCGUGCCUAUCGCCGCAUCUGCAGUCUUCACAUGGGCAGUUGUGUCCGCGGUCGGGAUGGCCAAUGCUUCCUACUACCUUGCCACAUUUGCCAUGGUCUUCUAUUGGCUCUUCUCGGUACCCCGUUCCUCCAGCUUCAAGAACCGAAAACAGGACGCUCCAUUGCAGGACAGUGAUGGCAUUCUUGGCCCCUUGGAGAGCUGCGUGCAUGCGUUGUACCUGUUGUUUGUGCCAGUGUUGUUCCAUGCUGCAUCCAACCACACCACACUCUUCGCAUCAUGGGCCAAUGUUUGUGAUCUUCUGCUGCUGUUCUUCGUACCAUUCUUGUUCCUGCUCUAUGCGUCCACUCGUGGUUCACUGUGGUGGAUUACCAGGGAUACACGCACAAUGGACCAGAUAAGGAUGGCGAAUGGCUUGGUUGCACUUGUUAUAGUGGUGCUCUGCCUGGAGGUUCGAGUUGUAUUUCACGCUUUUGGAAGGUACAUUCAUGCUCCCCCGCCGCUGAAUUACCUGCUUGUGACUGUCACGAUGCUUGGUGGUGCUUUGGGUCUGGCUGCGCAUGCUGCUGGCAAGGUUGGAGAUGCAGUUAGCUCGGUGGCGUUUAUGGGGUUGGCAGUGCUUGUCAGUGGAGCAGGUGCCGUAGUCAUUGGUUUUCCGCUUGUGUUCCUUCCACUCCCAAUGAUGUCUGGUUAUUAUGUGGCAAGGUUCUUUACCAAGAAAAGCCUGUCAUCAUACUUCACCUUUGUGGGAAUAUCAAGCUUGAUGGUCCUUUGGUUUGUGGUGCAUAACUACUGGGAUCUAAAUAUUUGGGUUGCUGGCAUGCCAUUGAAAUCGUUUACCAAGUACAUUGUUGCAGCUGUAAUCAUGGCAAUGGCUGUUCCUGGUUUGGCACUUCUCCCUGCAAAACUGCGCUUUCUUGUGGAACUUGGUCUUAUUGGUCAUGCACUGUUGUUAUGCUACAUUGAGAACCGACUCUUCAACUAUGCUGCCAUGUACUACUUUGGGUUUGAGGACGAUAUCAUUUAUCCAAGUUAUAUGGUUUUGAUCACAACAUUUUUUGGGUUGGCUCUUGUAAGAAGAUUAUCUGUUGACCAGAGAGUUGGGUCCAAAGCUGCUUGGAUCUUGACUUGUCUCUAUUCUUCAAAAUUAUCUAUGUUGUUUAUCACAUCAAGAUCGGUGGUAUGGGUUUCAGCUGUUCUGCUACUUGCUGUCACACCCCCUGUACUUCUUUACAGGGACAAGUCCAAAGGGGGGGCUCCUAGGAUGAAGAUCUGGCAAGCUUAUUUUCAUGCAUCUGUAGUAGCCUUUUCUGCAUGGCUCUGCCGGGAAACAGUUUUCGAAGCUUUACAGUGGUGGAACGGAAGGCCUCCUUCAGAUGGUCUGCUUUUGGGGUCAUAUAUUUUGUUGUCUGGUGUUGCUUGUAUCCCAAUAGUGGCACUCCAUUUCCCUCAUGCCCAGUCAGCAAAGAGAGUCCUGGUGCUUGUUGUGGCCACAGGGCUUCUUUUCGUUAUUAUGCAGCCUCCUGUUAAACUGUCAUGGGUAUACCGGUCGGAGCUGAUCAGAGCAGCACAUUUAUCUGAUGAUGACACGUCAAUAUAUGGUUUUGUAGCAUCCAAGCCCACAUGGCCAUCAUGGCUGCUCAUAGCAACAGUGGUACUUACAUUAGCAGCUGCUACAUCUAUCAUCCCAGUGAAGUAUAUUGUUGAGUUGAGGGCUUUGUAUGCUGUGGGAGUUGGAAUUACACUAGGCAUCUACAUAUCUGUCCAGUACUUCUUCCAAGCAGUUGUUCUGUAUCCUCUUCUUGUUGCGACAAUUGUCUGUGCUGCAGUCUUUAUAGUAUUCACGCAUCUUCCAUCUGAGUCCAGCACAAGGGUUUUGCCAUGGGUGUUCUCUUUGUUAGUAGCUUUGUUCCCAAUCACCUACCUGCUGGAAGGACAGUUAAGGGCCAACAGUUUUGCAGUUGAGGAUGAAGCAGAGAAGUUCACCAACAUGUUGGCUAUAGAAGGGGCCAGAAUGUCGCUUUUGGGUCUCUAUGCUGCUAUAUUCAUGAUCAUUGCACUAGAAAUUAAGUUUGAACUGGCUUUGCUGUUGCAUGAUAAAGCCACAGAUGUUACACAUGGUGUAUCUGGUGGUCGGGGCUCUGCAUUUCCACCCAAAGCAAGGCUACUGCAGCAACGGAGAUCUCAUGCUGCACCAACUUUCACCAUCAAGAGAUUGGCAGCUGAAGCAGCUUGGAUGCCUGCGAUCGGCAACUUAUCUACGGUUUUGUGCUUCAUCAUCUGCCUUGUUCUCAACAUAACACUUACUGGUGGCUCGAACCGUGCUAUUUUCUUCCUAGCGCCCAUCCUUCUACUUUUGAACCAGGAUUCAGAUAUUGUUGCAGGAUUCGGUGACAGACAGCGUUACUUCCCUGUGACAAUUUCUAUUUCUGGGUAUUUGCUAUUGGCAUCAUUGUAUAAGAUAUGGGAGGAGGCUUGGCCUGGCACUGGCAGUGGAGGAUGGGCUCUUGAUAUCGGGGGCUCAGUUUGGCUCUAUGCUGUGAAAAAUGUUGCUCUUCUCGUGCUCACGCUACCCAAUCACAUACUCUUCAAUCGGUUCAUGUGGGACUAUGUCAGGCAGACCGAUUCGAAGCUACUUCUGACACUGCCUCUCAACCUGCCAUCGAUUAUAAUGACAGAUGUACUUUCUGUGCGGGUUUUAGGGCUGUUGGGAGCUAUUUAUUCUCUAGCACAGUACCUGAUAUCAAGGCGGAUAAGAAUUGCUGGGAUGAAAUAUAUUUGAAGUUUUGAGGUAAAUCUUGUGUCUUGGCGCAACUGCUGUCAGUCGAGUCUUCAACUUCCUGAAGCAGAUCCUUGUGGUAGAGAGAAUCAGAGAAACAAUGCUCGAUGGUAAUCACUUUUGUACUGGAUGAUCGUUAUACUGGUUUACCCUUGAGGUGUUGUACUGUAGAUGUUUUGCACAGGACAUAAAAUGCAUCACCAUGGGUCCUUUACUAUGGGCUUGUAGCAAGAAAGAAAAAAGAAUUGCUAUUUUUCACUUGACUAAUUUUAAUUCGUUUUCAGUCGAAUUUUUAAA